AUGGGGUUCCUGGAACGCACAGCAUGGAAGCUCUUCAACACACCAGGAAGAGACCCGUUCGUGGACAAAUCGCCCAAGCUACUCGCCACACCCUCCAUGACCUUGAUCUCCAAGUUCUCUUUGCCCUCCAGUGAGCCUUCCCGAUCGUCUUCUGCCAGCUCAUUCUCUUCAUCCUCGUCAUUUUGGACGUCACCAGCGCCAUCGCGAUGGCCAAGAUACUUACCCUCGAGCGUUCGCAACACGGUCUCCAAGAGACAAAUUGCUGUCGUGGUCUGUUUGCUGCUGGCUCUCCUCAUCUGGGUCAUACCACAACCGCAUACAUGGCGGCGUCGAGUGAUCCACAUCACGGUACAGCAACAGGUCGCGAACCCGUACCAAGUUUUACGCCCCAUCUCAGAGGCGGUUCCUACGAAGAGGAAACAUGCUCCUGAUCCAAUGCAUUGGCUAGAGCAGAACUCGAAUAACAAGCAUGCGGAGAACACUGGACUGGGUUUGCUGAAGUCGGUGCCGUCGUUCGGUCAUCACUCUGCCAAACCGAAAGCUGCUCUCAUCAGCUUGGUGCGCAACUCUGAGCUGCCUGGUUUGAUGCAGAGUAUGCGACAGCUGGAAUUUCAAUGGAAUCGGAAGUACAAUUAUCCGUGGAUCUUCUUCAACGAUGAGGCGUUCAGUGAUGAGUUCAAGGCCGCUACGCAAAACCUCACUUCUGCCAAAUGCUACUACGAAGUUGUGCCGAAAGAGCACUGGUCCCUGCCCGACUGGAUCGACGAGGGAAGAUUCAUGAACAGCUUGGAGUACCUGGGCGCUAUCGGUGUGGGCAAAGGAUGGAUGAUCAGCUACAGACACAUGUGCCGUUGGAAUAGUGGAUUCUUCUACAAGCAUCCACGGCUCAAGGAUUUUGACUGGUAUUGGCGGGUUGAGCCGGAUGUCCACUUCUUCUGCGACAUUGACUACGACGUCUUCCGCUUUAUGCGCGAUAACAACAUGAAGUACGGUUUCAACAUGAACAUCCUCGAUGACGCUCGAUCCUUUCCUUCCCUCUGGUCUCGCACCCGUUCGUUCAUCAACGCCCAUCCAGAGCUGAUACACCCUGAUGCCGACUUGGACUGGCUGCUUGACUCCCACAACAGCGGAGACUACAACAAUUGCCAAUUCUUCUCCAAUUUCGAGAUUGGGGACCUAAACUUCUUCCGCGGCGAAGCGAAUGAAAGAUACUUUGACUGGUUGGAUAGAGGAGGAGGCUUCUACUAUGAGCGGUUUGGAGAUGCGCCUAUACAUACUUUGAGUGUGGCUAUGUUCGUGCCGAAGAGCGAGAUAUGGUUCUUUAGGGAUAUUGGGUACCAGCAUGACAUCAACAGGCACUGCCCGCCACAAUCCUCCCACCGCUGCUCCUGCGAUCCAACCCCAGUCGACGAGAAUUUCUACCGCCUCGUCCCUCUCGAAUCACCACAGAAAAAGCCAGAUGAUACCUGCAUUCGCCAGUUCCUGGGCGGACAUUGGCUCGACAAGAAAGAUGGCUGGUCUCAGGAAGUUGAGAGAGCUUUUGGUGGAGAUGGAUAUCAGGGAUAUGUCGCCGGAGGAUUGGGUUAG